GUCUGCGGCACCGUGGCCCGGCUGCGCGAGGCCGUCUCCUCGGAGACCAAGAUCCCCACCGAGCAGAUCGUGUUGACAGAGAUGUACUAUGAUGGGUUCCAUCGUUCCUUCUGUGACACUGAUGACCUGGACACCAUUCAUGAAAGCGACUGCAUUUUUGCCUUUGAGACCCCAGAGAUCUUCCGGCCUGAGGGUAUCCUCAGUCAGAGAGGAAUACAUGUGAACAAUAACCUGAAUAACUUGAAAUGUGGCACUGAGCACUCCCGAACAAUAUCUUAUUCUCAAGGAACAGUGAAGUCUGGAAAACUGGAACAGUCCUCUACUAAACCAGCAGCCAAUGACAAGAUUGUCUUGCUGGUGUGUAACAGAGCGUGCACUGGACAGCAGAGCAGAAGGUUUGGCUUGCCCUUUGUGUUGCAUUUGGAAAAAACAAUUGCUUGGGAUAUUCUGCAGAAGGAAAUUCUGGAGAAGAUGCAGUAUUUCCUGCGGCCUGCAGCCUGCCUGCAGGUUUGCCCAUUCAGCUUGCGAGUGGUCAGUGUCGUAGGGAUAACGUACUUGCUACCUCAGGAGGAGCGACCCCUCUGCCACCCAACAGUGGAAAGGGCAUUGAAGUCAUGUGGACAGGGGGGAACUGCUCAUGUGAAAUUAGUGGUAGAAUGGGACAAAGAAACUAAAGAUUACUUGUUUGUGAAUACAGAAGAGGAAUAUAUUCCAGACUCCGAAAGCGUCCGCCAGCAGAGAGAGCUUCAUCACCAACCUCAGACCUGCACUUUAUCUCAGUGUUUCCAACUGUACACCAAAGAGGAACAGCUUGCCCCAGAUGACGCCUGGCGAUGUCCACACUGCAAGCAGCUGCAGCAGGGUAGCAUCACACUAAGCCUCUGGACCUUACCUGAUGUUCUCAUCAUACAUCUCAAAAGGUUCAGACAGGAAGGAGACCGAAGGAUGAAACUUCAGAACAUGGUUAAGUUCCCCCUCAGUGGCUUGGACAUGACUCCUCAUGUUGUCAAGCGCAGCCAGAGCAGCUGGAGUCUGCCAUCUCACUGGUCACCCUGGAGGAGAUCUUAUGGCCUUGGAAGGGACCCUGAGGACUACAUCUAUGACCUGUAUGCUGUCUGCAAUCAUCAUGGCACCAUGCAAGGAGGACACUAUACAGCAUAUUGCAAAAACUCAGUGGAUGGCCAGUGGUACUGCUUUGAUGACAGUGAAGUUCAGCAGCUUUCUGAAAACGAAGUCUGCAAGCAGACAGCUUAUAUCCUGUUCUACCAGAGACGCACGGCGAUCCCAUCGUGGUCUGCUAACAGCUCAGUGGCAG